UCGCGCCGCCGCGCCGCGGGCACGUCGCUGCGCGUCCCUUAGUAUUUAACGUCUCUGUGUUCCCCCGGCCCGGGCGAGCACGUGGGAGAGCCGGCGGAGUGGCGCGCGUGUGGGGGGGGCCCGGCGGCCGGGCUCUGGCGGGAGGCCGGGGAGGGUGGUGGCGGUGCGGCCGAGGGCUCUGCAUCCCGACGGGCGCUGCUGAGCUGAAGGGGGUGUAGUUGUAUCCAGCCUCCAGGAUGGCCAUCCAACUCCGCUCUCUCUUCCCCUUGGCAGUGCCUGGCAUGCUGGCACUCCUCGGCUGGUGGUGGUUCUUCUCUCGUAAGAAAGAACACAGCAGCACCUCCAACAUACAAGUGAAAGCUGAUGCCAAAGCGUUGGGGGCCACCCAUGUCACUGAGAAAGAAACGUCCCCAGGGGGUGACAUGGAUGCUCCAGUGGUGUCCAUGCCCCUGAGUGUCACACUACCAGAGAAGGAGCUGUCCCAGGCAAGCAAGCCUUUGGUGGAAGCCCCUGCCCUGCUGCGGGCACAGCCGGUUUGCCGCAGGUCUGAGUCUUCGGGCAGCCUUCCUAGCACCACUGACACGAGAUGUCGCCCAGGAAUCCGGAAAGACGACAGCGCGCAGGUGGAACUGGUCCUGACAGGUGAUGAGGCCAAAUCGAUUCCUCGAGAAUGUCACCUUCCAGCCUCCAAGGCUGUCUCGUUUCCCCACGAAGCAGCAGAGAUGUGUAAGCGAGAGUCCCUGCUGAGCAGGACACCAGGGCAGGGCCAGCAAAGCCAGCCUGGGGCCCCAACAGAGAAGCAUGGCCCUGGGGAGAAGGCACGCGAGAGGGUCGGCACUGAAGGGACGGGUGAUGCCGUGCCGCCGGGAGAGAAUGUGAUGGAAGAAGGGAUGUUGAACCAGGAGUCGCAGAGCAUCAGGGUAUCAGGCCUGGCCCCCUCGGGAGGCAGAGGCGGGGGAGAGAAGGGGCAGAGCCACCCACUUACAGAGGAGGAUGCUGCAGGGAAGUUGUUGAGCAGCUUCCUGGAGUCAGCCCACACGCAGUUGGGGAAGGACGAUGAGUCAGCACACCCGGAGCUGCGCAAGGCUGAGGUCCCUGCACUGCUCACUACAGGAGGCAGAACCCGGGACAGAGACCUGGCAGGGAAGCCGGGCCUUGAGAAGACCUUGGAUAAAAAUGAAGCGAUUGAACAGGCUGCUUUCCAGUUAAUCUCCAAAGUGAUCUUGGAAGCCACUGAGGAAGUGCUGGCCACUACCGUGGGCAAGAUCACAGGUCAGGUGACUACUGGCCAGCUUUCGGGGCUGGAGGAGAGAUGCGCCCUUAUGGGCCAGCAAACACCUGCUCUGCAGGAGGCAGCCGCCAGCCUAGCAGACCCAGCCCUUCAGGCCUUGCCCUCACCAGCCCUGGAGGCCGAGGCUGCUCUACUACCAAAGACCUACGUGAGCUGCCUGACCAGCCCUCUGGGUAGCCCCACCAAGGACAAGAAGCCAAAGACCUCUGUGCACCACAUCUCCCUGACUCCCUCAGCCACCCCCCUGGGAGAGUUGCCCAACGAAGAUUCUGGCUGUGUCACUUGCACUUCUGACAACAGCCAUGGUGUCCCCUCCGUGGCCUCUGGGCAGUUCUCAGAUUCUGCCAGCACCUCGGGGCUGGAAGACUCUUACGCAGAGACCAGCUCCAGCCCCAGGGACAAGGCCAACACUCCACCGCUGCUGCCAGAAAGGACUGUGCCCUUCAGCAAUGGGGUGCUGAAGGGCCUGUCAGACCUGGGGACUGAGGAUGGAUGGCCGCCAGAUGCCGAGGCAGAUCACUCGGGAGGCUCAGACGGGAAUAGCAUGGACUCGGUGGAUGGUUGCUGUGGCCACAGGAAGACCGAGGUCUUCCAGAGCGCCCAGGCUGACACUAGCCCACAGAAAGUCGACCUCAUCAUCUGGGAGAUUGAGGUGCCAAAGCACCUAGUUGGUCGACUAAUUGGCAAGCAGGGUCGCUAUGUGAGUUUUCUGAAGCAAACAUCGGGUGCCAAGAUCUACAUCUCAACCCUGCCGUACACGCAGAAUGUCCAGAUCUGCCAUAUAGAAGGCUCUCAGCACCAUGUAGACAAAGCGCUGAACUUGAUUGGGAAGAAGUUUAAGGAACUGAACCUCACCAAUAUCUAUGCCCCCCCACUGCCUUCACUGCCACUGCCUUCUCUCCCCAUGACUUCCUGGCUGAUGCUCCCCGAUGGCAUCAUGGUGGAGGUCAUUGUAGUCAACCAGGUCAAUGCCGGGCACCUGUUUGUACAGCAGCACACACACCCGACCUUCCACGCCCUGCGCAAUCUGGACCAGCAGAUGUACCACUGCUACUCUCAACCCGGCAUUCCCACCUUGCCUACCCCGGUGGAAAUAACAGUCAUCUGUGCGGCUCCUGGCGUGGAUGGUGCCUGGUGGCGAGCCCAAGUGGUGGCCUCCUAUGAGGAGACCAACGAGGUUGAGAUUCGUUAUGUGGACUAUGGUGGCUAUAAGAGAGUGAAAGUCGAUGUGCUCCGGCAGAUCCGGUCUGACUUUGUGACCCUGCCAUUCCAGGGAGCUGAAGUCCUUCUGGACAGUGUGAUGCCCCUGUCAGAUGAUGACCACUUUUCACCGGAAGCUGAUGCAGCUAUGAGUGAGAUGACGGGAAACACAGCACUGCUAGCUCAGGUGACAAAUUACAGUGCAACUGGUCUUCCUCUGAUUCAGCUAUGGAGUGUGGUUGGAGAUGAAGUGGUGUUGAUAAACCGGUCACUGGUGGAGCGAGGACUUGCCCAAUGGGUAGACAGCUACUAUGCAAGCCUUUGACUCCUGGUCCUUCACAGCCAAUUCUUGUCUUUUUUGCACUGUUGAAAUUGGGCUUGGCACUCAAGGCAAAGAAUUUACAUCAUAAUAACAAACGUUGUCCUCCCCAGAAAGUCCUUUUUUUUUUUUUAAAAGAAAAAAGAACAAUAGUAUAUUGUAGUGAUGUGGAGAAACUGUCUAUGAGACAAGGAAGGAACAAGGGAUGGUGUAUUAUAAGCCAGAGGGCUUUCCUGGUAUUACAAACCAGUGGGUUUAAAGUGGUUCUAAGCUGUUGAGUGGAAGAAAAACUCCCACCCAGUUAGGUGUUCCAUUUCCCCAUGUAACCCAGUCUUCCCUCCCUUCCAACUUUCUUCCCCAUUCAAAAUAGAUCAAUUAACAAAUAGGCCAAGGAAUAUGUUGCUUGCUUGAAAGUAUUUCUUUUACUUGAAAAAUCUUUCCUCAAGGAGCAAGACAAGAUUAGUGACUGGUAUUGAUUUCCUGUUGAACUUACAAAAAAUGAAUUCAUAGUAUUUAACCAGUUUUUAUAAACUUCAUCAAGGUCUCUAAGAAGGCCGGCCUUUUAAUCACACCUCUGGCCUUGGUCCAUGGGGAAGGGAAACUAUUAUCUUGCCAAGCCUGAUAGGUUGUAAUUUGUAACCAUUUUCUAUUUGUGCAAACUGUAAAUAUAUUUUAAAAAAUGUAAUAUUUUGUACAAGAUACACUGGAAAACAAAGGGAACUCAAAGACUUCAUAGCACAUGUCAUCCUGAGCAGAAGUGAUUUCUGCAGCAUGCAGCUUCCCAGCUCAGCCCAGCCCGUCCUGCUGACUGAAUAGGGUUGCCAUGUGGUUAUAACUUGUGAUCCAGGGUGGGUUUUGGGUUUUUUUGUUUUCUUUUCUUUCUUUUUUUUCUCCCCCCUCCUGUACAAAUUUGUUUAAAAAAAAAAAAAAAGGCAACUUGUUGAAUUACCUUGCAGUGGUGUGUCUGAUUCUUUUUUAGACUGGCUUCAGCAUUGUGCUAUUUAAAAUAAGUAAUUUAAAACUUAUAUAAAUCUUCAACUUGUAUACACUA